AUGAAGUUGUCGAUUGAUUACAAGGUUGUCAAAUCUACACCGACAUUAUAUGUUGGGGAAUGUUGGAGAGCCGGCGAUGGGUGUGGUUGGCGAGUUCAAGCUGCAUUUAUACAGAAGACUCAACAGUGGCAAAUACGAAAAUUAAAAGGGUGUCAUACAUGUAGUGUCGGACGUAUAUCUCAAGACCACCGAAAAUUGGAUGCCAAAAGUAUUUGCAACUGCAUCAUGCCACUAGUGAAAGAUAAUCCAAUCAUUCCUGUGUCAACAUUGAUUGCAGACAUGCAAGCUCAAUUUCAGUACAGAGUUUCGUAUAGGAAAGCGUGGUUGGUGAAACAAAUGGCUAUGCAACAAUUAUACGGCGACUGGGAUGAGUCAUACAAUGAACUUCAAGGUUGGAUUUCAGCGAUGGUAGAAGGCCCUAAUGGACAAUUGGAACUGGGGAGAAGAGUUUUUCGUCAGCUGUUCUGGACUUUCGAUCCAUGUGUUAAAGCCUUCUCCCACUGCAAACCGCUAGUGCAAGUUGAUGGAACAUGGCUUUAUGGAAAAUACACACAGAUACUUCUGAUUGCGGUUGCACAAGACAGUAACGGAAAUGUACUACCAAUCGCUUUUGCCAUCGUGGAGUCUGAGAACUCUAAAUCAUCGAAGGGUCUUGUUGCUGCAAUUCGACAAUCUGAGGUUCCAUGGAGGUCCGUCUAUUGUAUUCGUCACAUUGCUGCCAACUUCCACAAUCAGUACAAGAACAAAGACUGGCGCAAACGAAUUGUGAACAUGGGAUACAAGCUGGAAGCACACCGUUUCAGACAUAAGUUGGCGAGGUUAGAGACUGAUAUGGCGGGGUCCAAUCCUCCUCUCAGACAAUGGUUAGGUAGUAUGGAGCCAUGGCAGUGGGCUCAAUGUUUUGAUGAGGGGUACCGGUAUGGUCAAAUGACAACUAACCUCGUUGAGGCCAUUAACUCUAUCUUAAGGCAUACGCGUCACUUGCCAAUUUCAGCGGUUUUUUCAGCCACAUUUUCUAGGCUAACAACCUUAAUGCCAAAAAUGGGGUUGAAACAAGCAAAACAAUUAGAGGCAGGACAUAAUAUAUCGGUCACCGGUCGGGGAUCCAACCAAGGUCCUACAGAGUUGAUCUCCGAAACAGGCGAUGUGAGUGCGGGAUGUUCCAAACACUACGUUAUCUGUGUGCGCAUGUGGUUGCAGUGUGUGCUACCUACAGUUUGA